GGAUUCCAGGGGUUGAUUCUCGCAGCCGGGAAUUAUUGGAGAGGCGCAUUUCGAACCCUUGAGCCCAGCAACUUGUCAAGUCAUCAUUCCUACACAUCAUAUGGAUGCUGCUUCGGUGCCGAUGCCCCGGAAGAGGAGCCGAAGCCAAGGUCCCGGCCGAGGUCAUGACGGCUCCGCUUAUCCACCUGCGAAACACCUCAAACGCGAGAAUGCGGCACACCCCACCAUUGCCGGACAUGCGUUGUUAGCCCAAUACUACGCUGAAAUUGAGACGCUGCGACAGUACGUCCUUUCGAAACUGCCGGCCUCUUCACGUCUCCGACGGAAGAAGAUUGCUCUGGUAGGUCAACGCACCUCUUCUGAGAAGGCCUUGACCGAAGAGGAGCUUGCUCUGAAAGAGCUCUUGGACACAACCAUUGUCGCGAGCCGCGAGCAUGCUGGUGACCCCAAAGACUACCGGUGGCAGCAUUGGGUCAGCUUCUCCCAGAAAGGGGAUAAGUCCUAUGUGACUCUCUCGGAUGGUCUCCAGGGAUCCCUAUACUCUCAGUCGGAGGUUCCUCUUCUCCCGCAACAGUUCCGGCCCGUGGCCGAAGCACUUGCUCUGCGAUGGCUUUCGGAGACAGCCCGGCUCGGCCGUCAGUGCCGGUCCUCAAAACUUAGCGAGCCAUAUUCCGGGCUUGUAUUCCAUCUACCCUAAUCAGCAUGUGCAGGCUCUCAAGGAGCCUCCCUGGCCUCAGCUGCUCAUGUUGCUGGGGGAAGCAGGGGAAAGAAUCAUGAUUGACCUCCUGGUGGACGGUGCUAUAUUCCGGCCUGUGAAAGCCGGAAAAGACAACCUUUACCAACUGAGCGGGAUUCCGAUCUCAGAGCUCGAGCCUGUAGUGCCAAUUGCGAACA